AUGGCAGGCAAGUUCCGCGGUGAUGUCGGAAAGCUUUCAAAGACGAAAAAAAGCAAAGCCGCCAAACGAGCCAAGGGCAAGAAGGUCGUCUCUCUCGUCAAGCGCAGCCCCAAGUUAGCACAGGACACUCUGCAGAGUCGAAUUGCUGAGCUCACCAGUCGCGGCAGUGCCGCACGCGCUAGCAUUAGUGGCUCAAAAACAAGCAAGGCAGCGAUCCCUCUCUCUGCAGCGAAGGUCCAGGUCGGCAAAGCUGCACUAGAGGUAGUAGGGAAGCGAAAGCGUGAGCGUGUGGUGCCAGAGAAGGAUGCGCCGGUGCAACGAAGCACGGCAGAGGCAGUCGGUCUGAAGAUCUUGCACCAGGCCGUCAAGAGUCAGAGCCACGGUCGGUUGUUGCCUCAUCAGAAUCGCCACGACUACGAGUAUCGCCUCCGCUCUGUUGCCACCAUGGGUGUGGUGCAGCUGUUCAACUCACUCGCGCAGUCCCGCAAGGCGAGCACCGCUCUAGAGGCCGAGGAGAUGAGGUUGACGUCUGACAAGGUGAUGGAGAAGAAACAAGUGGUGUCGAAGGAGGUUUUCUUGGCGGCGUUACGCCAACCGCAGCAGUACUGA